AUGGUGACGUUCUCCAAGAGACUCGACAGCGUGCGGAACUGGGAAUCCAGGAGAUCGUUGUGUGCGGGUUCUGUCGGAGCCGGAGCGACCGACUCCACGUCGCUGACCUGGUUACUGGAUGCGUUUCGCAGAGCGUCGACAGAAGACUGUGCAGGAGAGAGCAGACUCGUGCUGACCAUCCGUGCUGGCUCGGCAUGGAAACUGGAACCUCGCCUUCUUCGAAGCAGCCCUGUCAACUUGCGCCAUUUUCCAGAGGACGAUACCGCAGUCGACCGCGAGAGACUCGUUUUCGGCAACGAGGUGAUGUGCGUGGUAUUUGGCGGUAGCAGAUGGACACUCUCUUCUGGUUCUCUCAACCUUUCCGUCGUCGUCAACGGAGUAGUAAGACAACACAGCGAGCUUGACCUUCUUGUGCUUGUGCUUGAUCUUCUUUGGGGUGGUGUAGACCUUCUUCUUUCUCUUCUUACCACCACCUCUGAGUCUCAGCACCAAGUGCAAGGUAGACUCCUUCUGGAUGUUGUAGUCAGAAAGAGUUCUGCCGUCCUCGAGCUGCUUACCAGCGAAGAUAAGUCUUUGCUGGUCAGGUGGAAUUCCUUCCUUGUCUUGGAUCUUGGACUUAACGUUGUCGAUGGUGUCGGAAGACUCCACCUCGAGGGUGAUAGUCUUACCGGUCAGGGUCUUGACGAAGAUUUGCAUGGUAGGAUUGUCUGCAAGGGAUGCUUCUUUCUCACCUACUUGAUGAAAAAAAUACGCUAUAAACUAGUGACCCCCUUUCUGAGAGUUGGCCCUAUUUUGUUUAGUAGCAUGGAGACCGUCACGAGAUCAACGUCCUUGGCGCACUCGCUUGCGUUCAGUGUUGACGACGAAGUUCAGAGUUUCUACACCGCCGCGUCAGACCCGCUUUUGGAGUCUAUCACCGACAUUGUGACAGAUACCACGAUUGCAGGAGCAGAGUCGGUGACGGCAGAUGAGGAGUCGCUCGUGGAGGACUCUGAACUGUUCAGACACAACAUGGUUGUUUUGAGGAACUCUGUUGGCCAAUCGGAGGACACUUUGAGAGUGAAUCGGUAUCUGUUGAAAGAAGACCAGAGGUUUUCUGGGCUGGUUAAUUCUUUGAUGAACAGUUAUCCUCCCAGCUUGCUUGAGUCUGAGGAGGAGGUGGUGGUGAAAAGAAGACGGUUUAAGGUGUUCUUAGCAAAACUACGAAGGCUUUUCAAAAAGAUUCUGAGGCGUCAUUAA